AUGGAGAACCCGCCAACCUCGAAAGAGCUCCCCCCAGCUCCCCUCCUCUCUGAACCCCCGAAUAUUAGCAAAAUCAACCGCACCCGGACCACUCCGGUUGACCUGGAUACCAUGGACACUUCUGGACGGAGCAAUGGACGCUCGUCGAUCGACUCCACCUCCGACAGGCCAAAGUCACAGUCCGGGGAGGCGGCUGACACCGCCAGGGCUGGUCCCAGCGGGUUUUCGAAGCUACUCCGGAGGAAGAACAAGAAGAAGGAUAAGAAGCAACCCGAUGAACAGCCGACCGAUAGUGAUAGGGACAUUCCAGGUUCGCGUGACGGGGAAUAUGCUGCUUCUUUGUUCGCGAAUGAUAAUAAUCCCCCGCCUGAAAAUGAGGCUGGGUCCCUCUUGGCGGAUGAUUCUGAACUGGACCGGUCCCUGCAAAACUCCUCGAACAACGGCAUUGAUACCACGUCAUCGCCUUUGAUUCAAACAACCUCUGUCGAUGCCACUGAUACCGAGGGCGUACAAGCGGAUGUAGAAUCCGCCGUGAGUGGUCCCAGUGCUACUGCAUCCGAUUUCAACCCCGACGCAGAUCCGUCGAAAUCUACCACACAAAAUCCAUCGACUUUAGAGAUUCCAGAAAAUCGUGGUGGUGGGAAAAAGAGGGGUACAUCGCCUGGACGGCGAUUCAAGAAUGCGUUUAGCAGCUCUGCUCAGGACAAGAAGGAUACCGAAAGUGGUCGCGAACGUUCAUCUUCUGCUUCGAGUAAACGGAGCAUGACGCUCUUUGGAGGCAACGGCAGAAGAGGAAGCUUGUCCGCGAAGAGAGCACAAACAUCGCACGGUGUCAUCGCCGAGCCACCUCCACCACUCCCUCCUAUUCGUACGGAUCUUACAGAGGACAAGCCUGCCGAACUAUCGGAGCGCCCAAGAACACCGCCUCACACAGCGUUACCGGUGCCAGCACCGCAUACCACUGUGACACCACCCACGCCGUCAGAGCAUCGACUUGAGUUCCCCAAACUGAUUGAUUCUCCGGAAGUCACCAGCUCUCCCGAGUCGAUCAAGCCAGGCGAGGGCAUUGUCGUGAGUCCGUCAGGGAACAUGAUCUCUCACCGCCGGGUUCGCUCAGCGUCGUCCGCCCACCGGCCUAGCAAACUAUCGAAUUCCAUUUCCGUUAGCCCCACCAUCGAGGAAGCCAAAUCCGGUUCGAAGACUCCUUCUGCCGCCCAGCAGGCUGGUUUCUUCUCCUCAGUGUUCUCUGCAGCCCAAAAUGCAGCCUCUACGUUCAGCAGCAGCCUGAACACUCAACAAAGGGACCGCAAUUUAUCACAGCUGGACGGCACGGACGCUUCGCAGACUAAUGACGGAGUGGGGGAUGCAAGAGGGUCAGACAGUAACAAUAGCAACGGCGAAGAAAAGAAAUCACUUGCUAUCGAGACCCUCGGAUCUGGCGAUUUGGACUUUAGUCACUUGGAAGUCAAUGUACCUCCGGGUGGUUCAGUGUCAACUCCGGACGGGAUCGUCAUCACGAAACCGGAUUUACCACCAGAGAAGCGCAAGAACAUGGCUGUCUACCAACGUGAUGAGGAGGCAGCAAUGCUCGAAGGCAAGAACGCUGCUCAUGCUGUUCACAAGGCCUAUGAGAAGCCAUCUGACGUGUUUGUAGUUCCCCCUACUGAUGAGCCGCUGGAACUGGGGUCGACAACUUCUCUCCCCAAGGACUUUGGUGGUGACCAGCCCCCCCCAAGUGGCGAUAUCCUCGAUGCAGAUCUCGGCACUAGGUCUAGGCGAAGUCCCAGCUUGCGUGGCCGUCUGAUCGGGCGGCACCGCGGUUCAUCUGCGGCCACCACAUCAACCGCCGUUGGCGCGCUUGCCGGUGCCGGUGCUGUCGCUUUGACUGCUCCAGCUGCUACCCCGAAUGCUCCGCGAUCAACUGGGUUCGCCGUUGCUGGCAAGAAGCGUAACAGGGACUUUCAUCAGCUGUUCAGAAGCGUCCCCGAAGAUGAUUACCUGAUUGAGGAUUACAGCUGUGCGCUGCAGCGAGAGAUCAUUCUUGCUGGUCGUAUCUACGUUUCCGAAGGUCAUAUUUGCUUUUCCAGUAACAUUCUCGGAUGGGUCACCACCCUCGUGAUCAGCUUCGAUGAAGUGGUAGCAAUAGAAAAAGAGUCCACGGCAAUGGUCUUCCCUAAUGCGAUAGCGAUUCAGACCCUGCAUGCACGUCAUACUUUCCGCAGUUUGCUUAGUCGAGAGUCAACCUAUGAUCUGAUGGUCAACAUAUGGAAGAUCAACCACCCGGCUUUGAAGAGUUCCAUCAAUGGGACUCGUGUUUCUCAUGGUACUGGCGACAAGACUGAGAAGGCCGGGGAAAGUGAUGUGGACAGCGAUGAGGACGAUGAGGAAGAUGAAAUCUACGAUGAGGACGAAGACGGUGACACGGCAGAUAGUUUUGUUGAAGCUGGAAGUGCCAAUGGAAGUGAGCCAGCAAAUCCAAGAAAGGCACUGAGCCGUCAAGCCUCUGGUAACCUUCCCAAAGCUAGCACCAACGGACCUGAUGCUGGUGAUAACGGUAACGCGGCCUCUGGGGAUAUGGAUUUUCCGGGGCCUGCUACACAUGCGCCAACCGAAUAUACUGACCCGAAUGGCCAGUAUGAUAAAGUCGUCAAGGAUGAAGUUAUUCCUGCUCCUUUGGGUAAGGUCUAUUCUCUGGUUUUCGGGCCAGCGUCCGGUGCUUUCGUCCCCAAGUUCCUUGUCGACAACCAGAAGUCGGGAGAGCUGCAGUUCUCGAGCGAGAAGCAAGGUCUUACCAAUGACAGUCGGAAUCGAGAAUACUCUUACAUCAAGCCAUUGAACGGUUCGAUCGGUCCUAAGCAGACAAAAUGUAUCAGUACCGAGUAUUUGGAUUUUCUGGAUUUGGAGAAGGCAGUUCUCGUUACCUUGACCACCCAGACCCCUGAUGUACCCAGUGGAAAUGUGUUCAGUGUGAAGACGAAAUACCUGUUCACAUGGGCGGCGGGGAACCAAACGCGAUUUCUCAUGACCUGUACGAUUGAGUGGACGGGAAAGAGUUGGCUGAAGGGCCCAAUCGAAAAGGGUGCUAUCGAUGGUCAAGGCGGGUUCGGAAACGAUUUGAUCCAGGCUAUCAAAGGUGCGAUUGCUCCUCGUGCUCGCCCGGGUACGGCCAAGCCUGGUAAAGGAAAGGGCAAGCGCAAGAAGGGAGAUGCCGCUAGUCAAGAAGCGGCCCCUGCUGUCGCGGCGACUGAUACUACCGCGAGCAAAGCCGAGUCCUGGGGUAUGUUGGAACCACUUCAAGGAAUACUCGAGCCUGUUCUGGAUAUUGUGAAGCCCUUGGUGAGUGGGAAUGUUGCCAUUAUGAUCAUCGGCAUUCUUCUUUUCCUCAUCUUUUUCCGAACACCCUCUCGGCCGCCCGUGAUGUCGUCGCAUGACAUAGGAUGUCCGGGAUACACCCUUCCUCAGCGCCUCGCUGCUUACGAGGAGAUGUGGCGGAGGGAGGAGAGUGAGCUCUGGGGCUGGUUGGAGGACCGAGUUGGUCUUGAUGGAGCACUCUUCCCAACGGUCAGACCAUCUGUCUCGCCAUUGAGGCAGAAAGCUCAACAACUUCGGGCUGAACGAGAACUAUCGGCAAAGAUGGGCGAUGACAAGAUGACUGACCGGGAGAUGGAUGCUGCCAUACGGACCACGCGCGAGAGACUCGAUGCUCUCGAAGAGAUUUUGAAUAAGCGCAAAUCGCAUUCGAUUGUUGAAGAAGUGCAAUCGCGCCAUGAGCUGUAG